AUGGCAGACCUGGCCGGAAGCGGCGUAAAUGUCUUCAGCUUUGAGCGCUGGUCGCUGUUGAGCUGCCAGGACAGCAAGGAAACCGAGGAGGCUCAGGAGGAAGCGGUCUUUCGUGAAGUGGUCCGUUUCGCCCCGGACCCUUUGCCAGUUAGAUACUAUGACAAGGACACCGCCAAGCCCAUCAGCUUUUACUUGUCGUCACUGGAGGAGCUCUUGGCGUGGACGCCCGGCGUGGAGGACGGCUUCAACGUGGCCUUGGUGCCCGCCCAGGACCGGCAGCCCCCUCUGAGCAGCGGGCGGCCCCGGACCUUGCUCUGCCAUGACAUGAUGGGCGGGUACCUGGAUGACAGGUUCAUCCAGGGCUCAGCGGCCGAGAGCCCCUACACCUUCUACCACUGGCAGUACAUCGACAUCUUCGUGUACUUCAGCCACCACCUGGUCACCGUCCCCCCGGUGGGCUGGACCAACGCCGCGCACAGGCACGGGGUCCGCGUGCUGGGCACUUUCAUCACCGAGUGGAAAGAGGGGGGGCAGCUGUGCGAAGCCUUCCUGGCCGGGGAUGACCGCUCGUUCCAGGCGGUGGCGGACCGGCUGGUCCUGCUGGCCCAGUUUCUGCACUUCGACGGCUGGCUGAUCAACAUCGAGAACUCUCUGAGUCCGGCCGCCGUGGGGAACACGCCCCGCUUCCUGCGGUACCUGACCACUCAGCUCCACCAGCAGGUGCCGGGGGGCCUGGUGCUCUGGUACGACAGCGUGGUGAGCAGCGGGCAGCUCAAGUGGCAGGACGAACUGAAUGAACAAAACAGGGUUUUCUUCGACUCCUGUGACGGCAUCUUCACCAACUAUAACUGGGGGGAGGAGCACCUGGUGCGCAUGUGGGGCCCGGCCAGGGAGCGCCGGGCCGACGUCUACGUGGGAGUGGACGUGUUCGCCCGGGGGAACGUCGUGGGCGGCCGAUUUGACACCAACAAGGUGGUGAGGGCUCAGGGGCGUCGAGCGCCCUCCACUCGGGACUUCAGCUGCCCCCCCGCCUUCCUCUGCAGGUUCUGGAGUUUGCUGACUCACUACCUGCCCACCCACAGCAUCUGCUCCCUGCCCUUCGUCACCUCCUUCUGCCUGGGCAUGGGCACCCGCAGGGUCUGCUAUGGCCAGGAGGAGGCGGUGGGGCCCUGGUACCACCUGGGUGCCCAGGAGCCGCAGCCCCUGUUUGGGGAGCACAGGCUGGAGGGGCCCGGGCAGGGCUGGGUGAGGACGCACAGCUGCCUGGACGACGCCUGGAACGGGGGCAGCUCCCUGCUCAUCCGGGGGACGAUCCCGCCCGAGGUGGGACACGUGGCUGUGAGGUUGUUCUCCCUGCAGGUCCCGGUGCCCCCCAAGCUCUUCCUGUCCCUGGUGUAUAAGCUGGAGGGGACCUCGGAGGUCAGAGUGGCUCUGGAGCUCACCACAGGGGACGCGGGCAGCUGCUACGUCAGGGGCAUCUCGGCGUUGAAUGCAGAAACCAGCUCCAGGCACAGACCCCGACCCCUCCAGGUGCCCCCCACCAGGCUGGCCAGGUGGUGGACGCCGACAGCCUGCUGA